GAAGUGUCCUCACAGGAUCCAUCUCUCAUGGCAAUGGACCUGUCAAAGAGCUACAAGCCCCUGACCCACAGCCACACUGAAGCCAUUGACCUGGCGAAGAAGCCCGAGUGGUACCACCGACGCCCGCCGAGCUGCAGCGCAGACAUCACCUCCUCGUACAGAUCCAGAGCUUCUUCAUCCUUUAAUUCUCUCUCCACGCAGUCAGGAGCACCCGUCCACUGCAGAGACAUGGAGCAGGGCUCUGAGGCUUUAGGUAACUACAUGAAUUCGACCCUCGCUCCAGGGCUCAAUCUGUACCACGACAGAGUUCACGGCAACCUGUGGCAUCCAGGUUUUUACGAGCCCGACCAGAGCGGCGGCCAAGUUCCAGAAAGCAGUGGUGGAGAGGAGAGCGACAGCGGCUCUGAUGUUAUUUUCCUCGUCUCCUCUGCAAAAGAGCCACUCUUAUGCAGUCCCUUCAUCCAAGAUGGUGUAAGGCACAUUGUGGAGCCUCUGUCCCCGGCUGUGUCCUCACUGGAUGAAGGGAGAGGUUGCUAUCACCUACCUCAGCCUUUGAGUUCACCAAGUCCCGACAGCUCAUACUCAGAAGACUCCUCAGACAGCUCAGUCGACAUUCCUGUUCAUCACACCAGGCCCGUCGUCCUCCUGUCAGACCUCAGUGCCGUCUACGGCAACCCUGCUGAAUCUCCUGUUGAUAAUACUAGUGAUGACAGCGACGUUAUCGAAGUUUCAGUCACGAAUGACAAGAAAAAAAGCCUCAACUUUCCUUACAAGAAAAACAUCUCUUGUAAGAAGAGCUUGGGGAGACAAACUCCACCUCAGAGUGAGGGGGACAAGACUCUACCUAAGGAAGUACGACGUAGCAACAGGAUCAGAAAAUCUUUGUCCGACACGCCACAGUUCACUUAUGGUGUGUCUCGGCACAGUUUAAGGAGACAGGCCAAAAACGACGCAGUGGGUAUUUACAAUGAAAGUUGUGAUUCAGAUGAUAUGAUGGAGUUCGCGGCGAGGUCGUCAAGCCCAGAGGCAGACGACUCGGUGUCACAGCCAAAUGUUUCACAAAGAGUCAGCAGUAAUUCAGACGAGUCUGAUGUGGGAGCUCAGACAGAGAGGAAAUCACCUCCGAGGGCGCCGCAGCCUCACCGCAAAGCUUUGAACGCAAAAUGCUUCAAGCAAAAGAAGCCACUCGCCACUCACAAAACAAAAAAGUUAAGUAGAACAAAACCGACGCAGAAACUCAGAAACUCGCCACCGCAUGACCAAAAGAGCUCAUCCUGCAGGAGCGUGUCAGGAAACAAAAAAACUGUCACCAGACGAAAGAGAAAAAGACGAACUCAGACUGGACCCUCUGCUCUGUUUUCUCCCAGAGAGCCAGAAAUCAUGCUUAAAUAUGCAAAACUCAAAGGAGAGAAAAAGGACAAGAAAUCUGACGGGUUUUAUCCCUUCGUUCACAUGGAGCACAGAAUGUGCACGGUUGUCAACUUUCAAGAAGAUGAGGCGACUGUGCGGAGCAGCCGUGGAGGACAGCAGCGGACAGCCACCAUGUCUCUGUCUGGAUUUGUUCCCAGUACUUCCUGUUUCCAGCUGGGUCGGCUUGGCAUGGAGAGCAGGUGUCAGGCCACACUGUCAUGCAGCCUCUGUGGUCAGACAGCCAACGCCAUGGGGCUCGGGGACCUUCACGGCCCGUACUAUCCCACCAUUUCUUCUCUGGACGGCCAGAGCUGCAGGACUGAGCAGAAAGAGGAAGACUCCCAUGGACUCGCUAAUAGCCUUUCAAUAAACUCCUCAGACAGCGGUUGCGAUGGUCGCAACUGCUCUCCUGCCGUCAGAUGUUCGCUCGACGGGGACAAUGACUCUGUCCCAAAGUUGCCUCUUCAUAUGGAUGAGUGCUGGAUCCACGAGGACUGCGGCAUCUGGUCCGCCAGCGUCUUCCUCGUUAGAGGAAAGCUCUACGGGUUAGAGGAGGCUGCCCGGCUCGCACAGGAAGCAGUUUGUUCAACCUGCCAACAAACAGGUGCAAUAAUGGGCUGUUUCCAGAAGGGCUGUCCCAGAAACUAUCACUACAGAUGUGCCAUUCAGUCAGGCUGCGCCCUCAAUGAAGAGAACUUUUCCAUGAGAUGUACAGAGCACAAGAACAAAGCGUUCUCGAGUGUAACCAGACAUCACAAGAGAUGACGCCAGACACCGGGGCGCCGGAGGUAUGUGAUAGCUGUUGCUCAAACAAGUGUCGUUGUAGAAAGUCGUUUUUACAGCUUCUGUCGAUUGGGUUAUUUUAGGAGGAAUUGAUGGUUUUGAAAUAAAAGGGAAUAUUGAUUAGUUCAUCUAUUCAUGGUGGGCUGCAUCUGACAAAAGCAGUGAGAAACCACUUCUUUAGUCUGUUUAGUUGUUUGGUUUUCACAUAAUUUCCGACAUCAGUGUUUCCCAUUAUUUAUUCUAGAUGGUAGCAGCUCUCCGUAUUCCAAUUCCAAUCCGGCCACUGUUUCACAAUGACACAUCUCGUUAUAAUGUCAGAGAUCUAUAACUUGUUGUGUGCGGUGCAGUUUGCUGGUGCUCGCUCACGCUGUCUCAUUAGCACAUGC